AACCCGGCUAUUUCGAGAAACUUCCAGCCCACUUUUACACGUCACUUCAAGGAAUCUUUAAAGCGUCCGUCGCCUGUAUAAAAUGUUUCAGUACUCGACAGCCAGCAGCAACAUGAACGGCAUGAAGACACAGUCGCCGAUAAUGACAAUGGCCAACAAUGACAACGACCCUCUCCCCCUCGGCUGGGAAGUCAAAAUUGACCCUCAGACUGGGUGGCCCUUCUUUGUGGAUCACAAUAACCGCACGACAACCUGGAAUGACCCGCGACACGACACGAAAAAGGUCAGAGAAGUGUCAGCAAAUGGACCCAACAUACCACCAGAACCAAGCCCUCAGGAGACACAGAAAACCUUUGUGAGGGAGAUGAAACACCCUAUUUUGCGCCCAGGAUAUGUUCCUAUCCCAGUCUUCCAUGAGGGCGCCGAACUGAGGCAGCAACAGCAUCCAUGUUAUUCCUACAUCCAGCCAACCACUGCACAGAAUAUCCGGUCAGACGGGCGCGCACCUUCCCCAACAUUAGGGCUCCACUGCAGGCCCAGAUCACCUUUACAUGGACCUUCGGAUAGUUGCUCUGCUGAGCCUAUAAAGGCCAGCUCACCUGUUACACAGACAGCAGAGGUUUACACUGCCCCGCAUCAUCACCAACCCCAACGGCCCAGCAGCACUGGUCUUCAAGCAGGUUACAUCCCCAUCCCGGUGAUCCAUGAGGGUGGAGGAGGCCAAACACAAACACAGGCUCAGUUAAAUCCUUCUGUCUACUCUCAGCGCACCCCCUACUCAGAGCACCAGCAGCCCUACCAUCGCCUUCAGACCGACGAAUGGCCUGGCUAUUCUGCAGCAAUGCAGCCUCCCCGGGAAAGAGCUUCUCCGAUACUGCUUCCCCAGCAUCGUGAUGCUUCGUCUAUUCACCUCCAGCCUCAUAUCAGAAGCCAGUCACCUAUUGUAACACAGGUGCUUGGAGAAAGGCCACAGGCUCAGCAGCAUGUCCUCACAAGAGACCCGCCCCAGAAAAUGGAGCAGGAGCAACAAAGCACUCAGCAGAAACCCGAGAUCACGCAGCUCCCCCAGCCAAUGCACACAGAAGCUGACAUCCCAAAGCCUCAACAACCUCAACCCUUCCAACAGCCUCCACCUCAGCAACCUCAACCGUUCCAACAGCCUGCACCUCAGCAACCUCAGCAGUUCCAGCAACCUCAGCAAUUUCAGCAGCCACAGCAGUUUCAGCAGCCACAGCAGUUUCAGCAGGCACCACCUCCAACAUCUCCACAGUCUCAGCAUCCUGAACAGUUACUGCAGUCGCAGCAACAGUUCCAGCAGCCCCAGAAACCUGAGCAACCACAACAACAUACUGCAGAUAUCACGGUUCAAAUACCUCCAAAACCUGAGGCCCAGGACAUGGCACCUGUUCCCCCAGAGGUCCCACCUGCAAAGGUUGAGGCUGAACAGGCUGCUCAGUGCCCAGUUCACCCAGGCUUGGCUAAGGUGCAGCAGAUAGUUGAACGGGUUGCUAAACUGGAGCACGAGGUCAAAUGUUUUGAUGGAAAGAAGAAUGAUAAGAAAUAUUUGUUACUCGAGGAGCUGCUGACCAAAGAGCUCUUAGCACUGGACUCGGUUGACCCAGAGGGUCGUGCAGAUGUACGGCAAGCAAGACGGGAUGGAGUCCGUCGUGUUCAGACCAUACUGGAAGAACUGGAGCAACUGGAGGAGCAGCCAGCCAGGCCUGCCAGCCAGGCUUCGAUGGAGGGAGACAACCAGACGCAGAAAGGAGAGCCCAGAAUGAUCACCACGGAGAAUGUUGAGCUGGCAAAGGAGAUAUCAUAAUGACUUCACACUUCAUAAUCAAGAGGAGAGCAGGAUAACCUGCUGUAUAUUUGACAGUGAACAAGUCUGCUCUGGCUAACUCCUCCUCCUCUAUCUACAGCAUUUGUGGAAGUUGCAUGCAUUGAUUAACAGUGUUGGUAUUUCCUGCCAUUCAGCACAUAAUUGAUGGUAGCUCAGUGCAAUCAUGUUUUUCAAGCCAAUGUUGUUGCCUUCUAUGUUGUGCCAAUGUCUUCAUAAUAAGACAGCUGUCAUGAUCAAGGUGUUGACAACAAUUUCUAGUCACAUUAAAGUUUGAAUAAGAGGCCUUUAUCAAUAAAUGGAAGAAAAGUAGAAGUAUUUUCUUAAGAAAUAUGUGUGGUUGCCUUUUGUCUUGAUCAAAUAUUGUAUGAAGCUUUUCUUAAUCCAGCCAGUGGAUCAGUUAGUACAUGAGUGCAAACAUUGGGGCUUUAAAGCAGAACUCACUGCACAACUCAGUCAACAGAAAAGCAUUUUCCCCUUUAUAGCCACAUGGCCAUGUUGGAGCUGCUUUGUCACAGAACACAGUGAAUAUGUUUAUUAGAUGCUGCUUUUGGUGCAUUACUGAUUUUGCUGUCUUUGCACUUUGCCAUCAUUGAAAUGUAUCAUGCUGAACAAUCAGCGGCACUUCAUUUCAAAUAUAUAAGUUACACAAGUUUUGAUUGACGUGUUUGUAUGUGCAUUGGUUUACUUGUUAUCUCAAAACAUUAUAUCAGUAUUUAUAUCAUUAUAUAGUAUUUUGGUACAUUUAUGAAUGUGUAAUGACAAAUGGAAGUGAGAUGUGAAUCUUUCUCAAGAUGUCAGACAAUCAGCACCUGGUGCUAAUGAGGAAUCACAGUUGUCAGAAUGUAUAACUACCACAGCCACAAUCUGUAACAACACUAACCCAAAAAACGUCCUGAAAGCCUUACAGAUGCCAACUGUGAGACAGUGCCCAAUUCUUUAAGAGAUGGAGUGCAAGAACACUUCAGUCCGUCUUUUAGAUAGGUCCAAAAUUACUUUCGAGAUAACCCUGCUGUUUGUGUCGUAAUUUGUCUCUAUAAUACGAUCAUUAACCAUCUGUAAGGUCGGGCCACUGCCUAACACACCUUUAGAAAUUAUGGAUUGUGGUUUUUUGUUGAUCACUGUUUAUGAGUAGCAGGAUGAUGCAUUGUUGAAAACAAGUCACGUUGGUAUGUUUGAAAAUAAAAUGUAUUUGACAUGGA